AUGCUCCGCGCACGGCCCGCCGUCGACCUGCUGGUCAAGGCCCGGCCCGCCGCCCGCAUGUUCCAUCAAACACCCAAGAUGCGCUCCAUGCCCAAAGACCCUCACUCCGCCCACACCGUCUCUCAACGCAUCCGCCAAGGCAUCAAAGCCAUCCCCGUCGAAAUCUAUCCGUUGGGUAAGCGCGCCCAACUCCCCUCCUCGUCCUCCUCCUUCCACACCGCUGCGAACACCUAUCGCAAUCAUCACGCCCGCCACGUUCGGCCCACGACCAUCUCGGAAGCGAUAUCGCGAGAGCAAGAGAUAGCUGAGUAUGUUGAAUGUGCCACAGUCGCCGUCAUCGCCUGCGGUCUCAGCUUCGGCGUCUACUCGUUCAUCCGGCCCGCACGCGAGGACCCGACGCUUCGCCUGCACCGGAGGGGUCCGGAGCAUUGA